GAAAUGUCGCGGAUGGCAGCAAGCAUAAUGGAGCGCAGAAAGGGGCGCUACAAAACAGGGCAAAACAGACAAACUCGCAGCAUGCGAUCCAGUGCACCCCAUUUGUAAUUCCAGGGUGAGCGUUGACGACUCCCGGCGAAGGACCCCGUGGAAUAAUUGUUCGUAACUUGAUCCCCAGUUCUGAAGAGCAGCGCGCGAAAGUCGACUCUUGACGCCGACGGUCAUCUCGAGCAAGUCGCAGUCCGGUCAGGGUCUCGCAUGAUGGCCAAAAGCAACGACGAUCGGCUGACUCCCGGCGAACCGCGGGAUGAUUUCUUUUCCACGAGUGCGGAGGAUCUCCAGAACCAGCGGGACGCUUGUCCUUCGCCACCAUAUCGACAGGCGCCUUCUUCUUCUAAUCUUCGCCUCGAGGACUUUGGCGACCUCCCUCCCUCCCCCGCGUACCACAGCCGGGUGAACAUGCUCUCCGACGAGCACCUCGACGAAAAGGCUGCGGCCGCCGCGCGCGAGAAGCGGCCAGAGCACGAUCGCAGCAAGCCCAGCGUGCACUACCUCAACGAGGUCUCCGCGCCCGAGUACCACGACAAGCAGUUCGACGCGGAGACCUCGUCCAUCGGCACGACCGAUGACGAGGAGGAGAUGUACGACUGGUCGGACGACGAUGGGCUGGAGGAGGAGGAGCACAAGUACGAGGAGCAGAUGGGCUUCCACCGCAAGCGCACCGGCUGGGGCUUCAAGCGCAUCAUGACUGUGCUCUUCUCGACGCUGAUCGGGUCCACCUUCCUCGCCGGCCUCCUCGUCACCCCCGCGCUCCUCAUCCACUUCUACUGGUACAAGAAGGACCCGUCCGACGACCGUCGCUACAUCAAGGACAACGUGCAGGCCUGGCUGUUCUGGGCCGCAGCCAACAUCCUCAUCUCGUGGUACUUGGCGAUGAUCGUGGACGUGAUACCCAUCAUCGCCACGUUCUUCAUCUCCCUCGUCUGGGGGCACGUCAGCGAGUACAUCAAGUCGCGCAUCGAGCUCUAUGUGUCCGUCAAGAACACGUUCAAGCCGCUGCUGUACGCCGCGAGCGGCUGGGCGAGCUGGGUCAUCAUCUUCGCCCACAUCUUCAAGCUGUACGACACCAACGACGAAGAGACGAGUCAGGCGGCCUAUCUGGACAGGGUCUAUCAAGUCAUCGAGUUCCUAUUCUUCUUCGCCCUGGUCGUGUGCCUGCAGAAGAUGCUGUCUCACGCCAUUGCGUUCGCCUUCCACCGCACUGCAUUCAAGGAGCGUAUCGAGGAGGUGGCUCAGGCCCUGCGCGUCAUCGAGCGCCUCCGCGACUAUCACCCCAAGAACCGCUCCCGCUCCUCGGGCUUCAACAAGUUUGGCUUCAACACUCCGACGCUCGAAAAGACCGGCUUCGAGUUUGGUGUCAAGAAGCGCCGCGAGCAGCGCAACAGCCGCGAGGUCGACACGGACGACGGCCACGACGCCGAUGGCGAGGAUGACAGGGACAAGACGCUCGUCGACAAGAAGGCCAGGGACAAGAAGAAGAGUGCGAGCUUCUUCCACCGCGCGGGCUCGUCGUCGCACGCCGCCGACGUGGACAUGGAGCUCAUGGGUGGCUCGUCGCGCCCGAUGACCCCUGCGUCAACAAACACGCCUUCGCCGCACCGCUACCCGCCCACUGGCACCGGCACAGGCCGCCCCGGCGACGAGACGCCAGAGGUGCUGAUGCAGGCUGCGAAGGCGCUGAAGACGGCUGUCUUGCACGACGCGCGCAAUAUCAAGGGCGAGCAGACCGACAACGGGCUGAGCUGGAACGUCAACAGCACAAGCGAGGCCAAGCGCCUUGCCCGCUCGCUGUACUUCCGUCUUAAGCACCCCAAGCGGUCGUACCUGCUGCCCGAGGACUUCAACCCGGCAUUCCCCACGCCCGAAGAAGCGCAGAAGGCGUUCCGCGUAUUCGACAAGGACAACAACGGUGAUCUGUCGCGCGCGGAGAUCAAGCAGACGCUCGUCAAGGUGUACAAGGAGCGCCGCUUCCUUUCGCGUUCCAUGCGCGACGUCGGCUCUGCCUUGAAGACCCUCGACAAGAUCCUGCUAUUCUUCGCCUUCGUCGUACUGUUCUUCAUCUCGCUCAGCGUCUUCGGUGUCGAUAUCGGCUCGAGCUUGUCAUCUGUCUACACGAUCGGUAUUGCGGCGAGUUUCAUCUUCAAGUCGACGGCGAGUAACGCGUUCGAUGCGAUCAUGUUCUUGUUCGUGACGCACCCGUAUGAUACGGGUGACAUGGUGUUCAUUGACCAGGAUAUCCUCUUCGUCAAGAAGAUGGGCCUGUUCGCGACGCUCUUCACGCGCGCUGAUGGUACGGAGACGUACUACUUCAACAGUAUCCUGUCGACGAAGUUCAUCACAAACGUUCGCCGCAGUGCCAACAUGUUCGAGAACCUCGAAAUGCAGGUGGCUUGGGAUACGCCCCUCUCCAAGCUCGACGAACUCGAGAAGCUGCUCAACCAGUGGCUUGCCACGGAGGAGAACCGCUGGUUCGAGCCGAACACCAUGGUCGUCCUUCAGCACUUCAACUACCAGCGCUGGAUCGAGAUCACCAUCGGUAUCGGCCACAACGGGACGUGGCAGGACUGGGGUCUACGUCUUGCGCGCAAGACGGCAUUCCACGCGGCAGUCCAGUACUUCUGCAAUCAGCUGGACAUAUCGUGCUACAACGCCACCUUGCCGAUUGUCUACGCCGACCCGGUUACGCACCAGUAUGUGCCCGAGGCCCCUGCUGGUGGUGAUGACGAGGAGCCAGAGGAGCAGCCGCAGACGGAGAUGCAGCGCCAGCAAUCGGAGGUCAAGACCAUGCUUGGCUUCCGUCCGCCAGAGGCCGUGCGCAAGAGCCACCUACUGCGUGCUCGCAAGAGCAGUCGUAAGGGCGCGACGCGCGGUGUCACGGCGACGUAGACGCAGGUGAUGGACUGCGAAACGUGUCGACAUAUUUUCUCUUGCAUAAUAUCCUCAAUAUCCCAUAUCCCCUGUUAUCCAUGUUAUACUCACUUGUUUUUACGACUGUUACACGAACUGACUGUUUUCCAAACCGUGGCGCCGGGAUAGAUGCCCGCGCUUAUAUCCUUCACACAACUUACUUGUGCUCGACGGCGUAGAUAAAGAGGUGACUUAAUCAAAUAAAUACAGUCCUCAUUGGUCGCAGAAGAGACUCGACGCAGAAGGGGGAUUGCAAAAGGCGAA